GUUUCCAUGGAAGCCCACCAUGUUAGGACCAUAGACUGUAUAGGACCAGCAGACAGUGCAAUGAUAGCUAGCAAAAUCCCGCAAAAUCCCAAGGCUACAUAAAUUACAUUUAUUAAAUUGUGUACAUUGCUAGCUAGAUACUUCGCCCAUCAGAGCUACACACACGCCAAGUGUAUUCAUGUUAAUUUCAACGUUAUCUCCUGAAAGGGCGACUAGAAUGAACCGUUUUAAUUCCACCGUUCCGGAUGACGAGUACCUUGCGGACAGUAAUGUGUUGUUCUACCUGAGUGAUUCAGUGACCCAGCUGCUGGAACAUAAAGAGGAGUACACCCAGUUCGGGGUGAUCCGUUACUUUGCAGAAUAUUUCAGCAGUGUAAAGAACAGUAACCACGUGCUCUUCCGAGAGUAUAACUACAUCAGGGCCACUCCUCAUAACAGAGCCUCCUUCAUCAGAGUCUUCUGGAGAUGUUACAGACAGAUUGGCAAGAAUGGAGACUUACUGUCCAUACUGGAGUACAGGUCGCUGCUGCAGUUAUUGUGUCCAGACUUCCCUUUGGAGAUAUUGCAGAGUGUAGCCAGAAUUGUUCUAAUGGACGACGCCAUCGACUGUCUGAUGUCUUUCUCUGAUUUCCUUUAUACCUUCCAGCUACAAUUCUACUACCAAGAGUUCCUGGACAGCGUGCUGGUGAUCUACCAGGAUCUGUUAGCAGGGAAGAGUCCUAACACUGUCAUCGUCCCCACGUCCACCUCCAUCGAGCAGCUCCCCUCUGCCGCUGCCGAGGAGAACGACAAGGAGGAGCAGCAGCAGGACGGAGUGGAACCGUCCACUCUGGCUCAGUGUAUAGAUGCCUUCUGUGACAGGUUCAAGCACAGUUAUCCUCCCAGGUCCUGUAUGAGGGAAGUACUGGAACAGUUUAACAAAGUGUCUUACUACAGCUUCCUAAUGGGCCUGGCUAAACAUGAGACCAUCAACCAAACUAUAGGAGCAUUACCCAGCAAGGCAGAGUUGCUCAUUGACCCGGAGAUGGACCAGGAGCUAGACAAACUAAUUGCCCAGAUCUCAGUGAGUCCUGGCAGCAACAGCAGUGGCAGUGCAGUGGGGGGGCUGAAGGAGGUGCAGAGGAAGGCCUCCCCCAGAAGGAACAUCCACCACAGGAGGAAGAUGGAGGUGGAAAGUGAUGGUUCCACGGAAGAGACCGACUCCUCUGAAAACUGAGCUCUAACCUUUCAACAGUCUGUGACAUGUCACCUUCCACAGUGUGGUACACAUGGCCAUUAUUUGCUAUGUAAACGUAAACGGGGUUAGGCAUUCGGGGGGGUCAGGACCUACCCCAUCUCAGCCCCCCCCCCAAUCCUUAAAAAAACAAGCUGUG